AUGGGUUCCCCGAUCUCCGGUUUACUGGCAGAACUGGUCCUACAAGAGCUAGAAAGCACCACCUUCCCCAAACGGGAAAGUGAACGCAUGCUCGGUUCGCCCAUACACGAACAUAAGCUGGCUGUCAGAAGGGGUGACGCUUUCUCGCAGGUGGCGGCUCACACCUACGAGACGGGUCACGAGUUUAAAUUCGCAGCUGCGAAGGUAAUCGUCCACACUGGCAGCAAGACAAGCCGAGGAUUGAUUGAAGCCCGGGCCUCGGUUGAGAAUUCAGCCAAUCGAUCGAUCGAUUUGGCGCCGGCAUACAUCACUCUUCGCAGACAUCUUCGUACGGCCGACACUUUUGAUUAA